AUGACACUCGAGUUGAAGGGGCAGUUCUUCGAUGAAUCCUAUGGAUUUUAUCCAGGACAAAUGUUGUUUGGAGCAGCUAAAGUUUUCUCGAAUGUUCAGUGGCUGUCUGGUGUUCGACCUGUGCUGAGCAAAAAGAGCAAGUUUAAAGCGGUAGUUGAAGAGGUACAAGUGGUGGAGCUUAGAGUUUCCUGGAUAACAAAGAGCUUUUGCCUUGGUGGAAGUGAGAGUGUUUAUCCUCCAUCUCCAGUUAUCACACAAGACAAUUUGCCCAGGGUGAAACGCUUGAACUGUUAUGACCAUGCUCGCAUGGUCCUGGCAGAACGGGCUGUUUAUGUGCUCCCGGGAGAUCCUGAAUCUACGGCUAUUUCUUCGGAGGGUCCAGAAGGAAAUUCCAUCAUUGCUGUGAAUUCUGUUGUCAGAAAGGUUAAACGCCUCUUUGACAAGGAGAUGGUGAAAAACAUCUUGAAUAAUUUGGAUACCCGUGAAAUGGAUCAUUCUGACAAGUUUGCAGUUGCCUUGGAUGAUGGAUCUGUCAUGGUCACCUCAAAUGUUUUUGGAAUCAGUAGCUCUAAAUCGAAUUUAGGUUGGGAGGGCACGCCUCGACUUGCCAUAGGACUGAAAUCCCAGUCUGUAAAUGGGACUGUAGAGAAGGAAUCUGUUCUGAGCAAUGGUCCCACCUUCACUAAUGAUGCUCGGAAUCAGUUGGAGCAAAGAGUAAAAGAGGGAAACUGGAAGGAAAUGAGCCAGUCUCCAGUGAUACUAGGCGAAGACUUACUAGAAAGUAGACAGACUCUGAAGCCACAGCUGGCAGACCAGGAUGCAGAUGAUGAAGGUGCUGAAGAUACUGAUGAAACCAGCUCCAUUUCUUCUUCUGCAAGUUCGACUGCAUCAUCACAAAGUGGUGGACACGGGCGUAAAAAGAGUAUACCACUUUCUAUAAAAAACUUGAAGAAGAAACACAAGAAGAAAAAGAACAAACCUUCCCGAGAAUUCAAACCAGGUGACAGGUGAGAUCUUGAUGCCUAA